CAUACUCAUUGUCACUGACUUUAAUCAAAAUUAUAUUUUAGGUAUUUUGGGCCAAGGUGCAAAAAUCGUUAAGAUGCGUUGACUUGAUUAGGGUUUGAAGUUUGAUUGUGAAAUGAAAAUGGAGAAGUGUGGAAGCGAUUGUUUAGAGGAGCUCGUGAAGUUCACUCUCUCCAACUCUCAGAAUUACCAUAUUGCCCUUUCCACUGAAUUCUGCUCCACCCUUCUCAAAGAUGAUCCCACACAACCAUCUUCUUCACUCGAUUUGUUGGAAGGAGUGCCACUGUAUCCAUUGUACAAGCGUCUAGCAUUAGUUCUCUUGAAAUGCAUGGAUUCUCAAACGUUUUUCUGGACAGGAUCAUGCAAUUCAUCGGUGACUAAUGAAAUUGAUAAUGCUUCCGUGCAGAAGAAGCAUUCCGAGUGGCACAAAUUGAUUUUGGAUAAGAUAUCUGAGAUACUGAAUAUUUUGAAGAGUCUCUCUUUUGAAAUCCAUGUUCAAGAACCAUUUUUCUCACAGCUCAAAGAUGGCCUGAAAACAGUUGAAGGGAGGUGCGCCGGCGGCAAAUACAGCAGGAUUGGACUAGGAAACCUGAUUCUGGUAAACAAAUCUGUCGUGUUUGAAGUUCAGGGAAUACGUUGGUAUCCUACCUUUGCUGACAUGUUGGAGACAGAAAACCUCGGGAAAGUUCUUCCAGGUGUUGACAGUGUUGAAAAAGGAGUAGAAAUCUACCGGAGGUUUUACACAGAAGAGAAGGAAAAGUCAAAUGGUGUUCUUGCAAUUGGUGUUUCAAAACAUACCCUUCAACCAUACAUUCCUUUGGCCAAUUUAUUCUCUGAAUUAAGUUAUGAAGGUGUUCAAGGCCUUCUAGGGUUGAUGCAUACAGCAGGGACAAUUCCAGAUGCGCUUCCACCACCAAGAUCAACUCUAUUAGCAUCAUUUAGUUUGCUAUGCAAUCCAGAUGUUGAAGGUAGUUCCUUAACUCUUGGAGCUCGUGCAUUGGCCAAACAUGCUUGUAGGAGUAGCAGUGGUUAUUGGGGGUCCCUGGAUGGAGGUGAUUCUAAUAAGAAUAGACUUGCAAUGGAUGUAAUUAAGCGCCUAAUAGCACAUUGUUGUUGGGUGAAUAUGCAUGUUGUCCCGCCGCAUGGAACCGUGUUCGAAAUAAGGGUUGCUGAAGGAUAUGGCGCACGAUGGACAGAAGAUGGAAGCAAGUUUAUUGGAUUUUUAGAGCCCUACAUGGAAGAUGGUCACUCAAAAGGAUGGAAACACUAGUUCUGCAACAAUUAAAGCUUCGAAAUCGAAAGUGUUGAUGGAUAGUUAUGGGUAUUUGAAAGUACAAAUAUGGGGCCUUAACUGAUGGUAAAGUUUUUUUUAGUGUAUAUAAAUUUGUUACUUAUACUCAUUCUGUCUUUUAAACCGAGCAGACACAUAUCUCUUACCAUUCAAUGGAAUGUGUGGUAACCACAUGGGAUAAUGAGUCUGACUCUAUCUAAUGAUAAAAGAGUGUAUGUCAAUUCAAUAUACAAAAUAUUUCUCAUCCUUUUGCUUGUUGACUUGUUCGGUUCUUCCUAUUUUGUUUUGUCACUAAUUGUUGUCAUUUUCUUUUUCUUAAAUCUUAGUAUGGAUUUCCCUAUGCAAUAUAUGGAUCACUACCUAGCUAGUUCUUUGUUUCUUUCUAUAACCCCAAAAUAGUAUACAACUCAUAUUAUGGUGUACCACGCAAACCUCUUUGGUGUAUUUGCAAACACUUGUGUGAGGAAAACAAGUGGAAACGUCCUUUUUUCCCUUAAAAUUAAGCAUGCAAAGAAUGAGAUUCUUUGGCUUUAUAUAUAAGUUCUAACAUCUUCCUCCUCUUUUUCCUUUUCCCUAUAAUUUGUCCUUAUAAUAUUUUUAAAGUGAAUGAAUCUUGAUAGAGGGCACAGCCGACAGUGGUAUCUAUCAUUUGUUUUCUUUAAUAUAUACCUAAAGGAGGCGAUAGUCUCAAUGCAAUGCAUCACCAUAUGUUGUAAUGCAUUUACAUUUACAAAUAAUAAUGUUUUCUUGGAUUUAUAUAGUAGUAUAAUCUAGCUAGCUAGCUAUUUUGGUGCAAGCUGUUGUGGUUGAGGAUGAUGAUAGCAUGCAUGCAUGUGUGCCAGCACCACCACAGCUUAGCUUGAACCUUGGCCUGCCACUGCAAUGAGUAGUGUUCUAUUGGGUUGAACGGUUUGUAUUCUGAUCUGGAGGCAACUUGGGAGAAUACUAAACCUUGUUCUGAUUAAUUCUCAUAUUCUUUAAAGAUUGCAGAGUUGUUUGCUAUAUAUAUAUUCUAUUUCAACAUGUUGAAAUUG